CUGGCUUCUUUUUUUCUUACUAGGCUGGCUGGACACAACUACUGUUACAACUAGUAGCACACUUCUUCCCCCCCCCUACAAGUGGUUGUUUGUUAUGCAGGCACCCGCUACCUCUACUUUGAUAAGAGCAGCGCAAGACUUGCCAUCGCCAGACUCUGAUCAAGAGUUCGGUACUCCAGCGGAUGAUUCGACAACAACAACAGCAACCAUUCCAACUUCAAAAUUAACACUAAAACCAACGAACACCGCCGACAUGGUCACGUUACCAUCGUCUCCCUCGUCAUUAUUCACUGGGUCGCCCAGUAGCAACAACAAUAAUGCCAACGCCAUUCCUUGCUGUUCUGCCAUCGUCAUGCAAGCCCCAACACCUGUUACGCCUUCAAAAGAAGACGACGACGACAACGAGCCUACAAGACAUUUAUCAGAACAAGACAAAUACCAACACCAGUUGACUCCCAUGGUCGUUCCUGCAAAGCGUGGUUAUAAAUCGCAUGUGCCUAGUGCUUGUGUAAACUGCAAGAAAGCACACUUGGCUUGUGACGUAUCCAGACCAUGUAAACGAUGUGUAUCAGCAGGCAAAGGCGACACUUGUCAGGAUGUAAAACACAAAAAGCGCGGCCGACCUCGACUUCACGAAACUAAGCGACUGGGGAACGUGUAUGGUGGAUCGAUGAUUUUGGACAAUAGCAAUAAUACGAACAGCCACAGGAGCGACAUGAUGUAUGGCAUGAUCCAGACACCGACUUUUACUGUCGCCACUUCAGUCGUACAUCGUGACCAUCCCAAGCCUCAAACAACGAGCAUCUCCUUUGUUCAUGAACCGAUUGAAGCUUUCCGCGAGCAGGACGAGCAACGACACCGGAAAAAGGACGUCAAUCAUACAACCGGAACGCGGAGUCAACAGACUUUGAGAGAUCCGGAGCCACCACCCACCACAUCAGUAAUUCACCAUCAAUCAUCUCCAACGCUUAUUAGUAAAGACAAUGAUAACAAUAAGAAUCCCAAAUCACCACCAUUUCAAAGAGCAGUAGUUCCGACGACACGGCCUAGUCACCAAGCACAAAUUCGGUUGUCAUGUGAACUACCUUGUCCUACAUCAACGACGAAGACGACGAAGACGACGACGAGAACAACAAACCCACGAAACACCCCGGCAGCGACGACAGUAGCACAGCAACCACAACCACGCGAAUGCGUCACAAUUACACUGUUCCUCUCCAUGGAAAUGUGCUGUGCGCGAGCAUCAGAUGAAGUAACAGACCUUUGGGGCUUCCAUCCUCAAGAUCUAGUCCACCGAUCGCUGUAUGAAAUGAUCUCGACACAUGACGCGGAUCGUCUUGGGAGACUGCAUCGACUGCUUCUGGACAAUAUCAUGGAAGUAGCAAGACAACACGAUCGUUCAAUCGGGCCCGAUGUACGUCCACCGCCCGCAGAACGCACAUCCUCCUCGCUGUUUUACGAUACAGAUCCGGAGAAACUUGUCCGCAGGGCCAAUGGAUCCAACACAUUCUCGGAUACGCUGCAUUUCAAAAAACAAUCAAAUGAACACGAGCUUUACGAAAUGCUCGUCUAUCUCGGCGGCGGUCUAGGUGCCGAUCUGACCAUGCCACCCAGUCUAGAAAAGCUUUAUAUUGUUGCAGAGCUGCGGAAGCAUGAGUACAAAGUCCAAACCGCGAAUACAUCUACCACGGCAGCAACAGCAGGACUACCGGCUAGUCUUAGCUUUGAUCGGUCUCGACUGUUUUCUCCAUUUGUACAUUCUUCCCCUACUUCUUCCUCGUCAUCAACUACAGCAACAAAAACAACAGCAGCAUCGUCAUCACUAUCAUCAUUAUCAUUUCCAUCUCAAUCAACAGCUGUUGCUCGCAGCAGAACCAGCAGCAGUAACGGCCCAUCGUCCACCACCACUGCCACUACAACAAAACCAAGAGAAUACAGCUUUGGACGACUCGGGAGCGGCGGGUUACUGCAGGCCAGACAGGGGUCCCUUCCAAACCACUUUGCCGCCAACUCCCAGCUCAACACAGUGUCACUACCAAGCCGAAAACUCGAUAUACCCAAGAUCAACAUUGCACCAAUGACGGGUAAAAAGCGAUCAAACACGAGUGUGACUGGUGUCCCCUAUUUCCGACCAAUAGCAGCAGCCAUUCCUACUGCUACUACCACUACCACUACUGCUACGCCUACCACCAUGGGGAGUUAUGGGAAAAGUCACAGCAGGAACAGCAAUAAUAUAACGCCAACGACAGCCAGUAGUGCUAGGAAUAGCAGCCCGCUUCCUCCCGUGGCUCGAGAAUCGACCAAUCCAUACUCGACACUGGCGUACAAAUUUGCACCGAUAACGUCUUCAGGCAUCCCCGAUAAAGCAAGAAGUGGCAGCGGCAGCGGCAGUGUUCAUGGUUCUCUGCGUGGAGGACCGCCAUCCUAUACGCAUCCAACGACCCAAUAUUUUCUGCAAACGUCCAGUAGUACACUCAAUGCAGCUGCUUCUGCAGCGCAGAGCAGUUCGCGACCAAUAGCGCAUCACAACAUUGCUAUAGACACCAUGGCGAACAAUGACAAGGCUGUGGGCAAGACGGAUUCGAAGCGAAAGGCAGAAAUGAGUAUUCGAUCCUUGCUUUGUUAGAAACAAACAAAAAGGAUCCGUAUCGAUUAUUUUGCUCCCUCCCUCCUGUCCCCCACUAUACACGCACACCUAAACAUACACCCUCUCUCUUUUGUUAGUCCUUUGUUUAUGUUAAAAGGUUAAUAGUAACACCUAGCUGCCGUUCAUUU